CCGCUGCAUGCUCGAAGGAUUCGCUCGUGCCAUCAUUCAGUCGCGCGGACUCGAAGCCGCAGGGAUCUUCGCGGGAUGUCGUCCUUCGUGUUGCAGGGGAGAUGGUGCGAUCUUCUGUGCUUACUGUGCUACCUGGUCGCGCAACAUAGCGCCGUCGCGGACGAGAACAGACCUUACGAGUUUUCCUUCAACAUAGUCGAUUUUCAACAUAGAUUCGAGAAGAAAGAUGCCGAAGGGCUCAUUACCGGGGAAUACGGUUUCAUCACGGCCGAUGGUGUUUAUCACGAGACUGGCUAUAAAACCGACAAAAAUGGGGACUUUAUUAUCACGAGGCAGAGGAACCGGAAAAUAACGAGUUUGAAGGACGCGCAAGAGAUAUUCAAAGAUAGGCCGGAAGCAGCGAAGAAAUUAAUCGAAGCCGUGAUGAAGGCCUGCAGCGGUUGUAAAUUACCAAUAAAGCAAGAGAACGAUAGGCCGAAGCCUAUCAAGUUAGUUACAGAGCCGCCGCCGCAGAAGAAGAUGGAUCCGAUAUUGAAGCAGAUGAUGAAGGUGUUGACAGCCAACGCGCCCGCUAAGAGUAUCUCAGUGGAGAAGAAUAAAAUCAUCAGGAAGGAAAACGUUACGAAAAGCAUGGUGCGGGCUGCGAAGAAACUGUUGACCGAGGAAGAUAAAGUCGCCGUGAACGACCGAGUUCUGGAGAAAAUGGCGAACGACCUGUAUUAUCAGUUUAACUACACGAUAACGUCGCACGGCCACCACGAGGAGGGAUAUCGCGACGGAAGAAAGGACGGCAGCUAUCGAUCUCAAAACGAAAACGGUAUCGACACGCAUGUCAGGUAUCUGUCCAACGAAUUCGGGCAUCAGCCCAACGUAACGUUCGUCCCGCAGGUGAGCGCGCCCGACGAGAAGCAUGCUCUCAAAGGAUAUUCGUUUCGUUGGUAUUGGUCGUGAAUUCGCGACUUUAUGCAACGCCGAUAUUUUAACCCAGAUUUGUUACGGAAUACGCUAACGCUUAUUUAAAUAACGUGAGCCACGUCUAGAGAUUCACAAUUUCUGACUUUUCAAGUUUACCGUCGUAAAUAAACAACCUACCGCGAUUACCGUAAUUUAUGACAAAGUGAAUAAUUUGCUGAUCAAGAUAAUAAAAGAGAUAUGAAUAUUCGGCUAAUCUCCUUUAAAAUAUCGUAAAAUAAUUCGUUUUUGGAAAUGUAAUUUUAUACUCGUCGUUUUUCUUCUUCUUAAUUAUCUCUUGGACACGGCUUUAUAACAUGUACUAAAAGUAUGAUUUAGAUUAAGUUACAUUACAAGUUCGAAAUAAAUAAAAGUACUACGAUAUAACACAAAUCUUUUCAAAUUUACUCUCAAUGCCUCGCGAUUCAUUGAAAAGCACUCUGGGAAAAAAAAAGACAGUUAGGGUAAGCGAACCUAUUUCGGAACACUUUUUAAAAAACUUGCUGUAUCUUUUACAUAAAAUCUUCUAAAACAAAUCUGAUAUAUGCUAGUUAAGAAGUCAUCCUUUAACUAUUAAUUAGGCAUAAAUCAAUAUUUGAAGAAGACUUUGUUUUUAAAUGGCGGACAAUCAAUUCAAGUACUAAAUUUGUUCCGAAUAGGGUUAACCUGCACUUAAUUCGGAACAGCUGUUUUCAUGUACAGCCGCAUUUCGCAACAACAUAGU